CUCCCGAGGAGGAGGGAGCGACGCUGCCGAGAGGACACCGCGAAAGAUCCCAACGCCGCCGAGCCUCCCGAACCACACGGACUGGAAUACUCUUUUGUAAUGCCGACAAUCUCUUGCCCGUGAAGAAACGUGUUUAUACCCCACUCUCUUUUUUCUAUUUGCACUACCGCUACUUCCAAACUACUGAGAAGCCUUUGACGACAGCGAGGAACACGAUAACACCCAGUGGAAGGACACAACCUCUACAAAGCCAGCACUUUUUUGAUUUUCGAGCCCGUUUCAACUGAGUUCUAGUUCCUCAUUUUGCCCGGUGUCAGCCCAACACUUUGCCCAGUCUGGAGAGCCUUUGUGCUGCCCACCACGGAUAAACAAAGCAGACCCAGUGGACGCGCUCGAGGCCAGAUACACUUAGUCUCCAAACGCCUGGUGAAUUUCAGCAGUCAGCUAUGCAGCUUGAAAUCCAAGUAGCUCUCAACUUCAUCAUUUCAUACCUGUACAACAAGCUGCCAAGGCGGCGGGUCAACAUUUUUGGCGAGGAGCUGGAACGGCAGCUGAAGCAGAAAUAUGAAGGACACUGGUACCCAGACAAGCCAUACAAGGGCUCAGGAUUCAGAUGCAUCCACGUGGGGGAGAAGGUGGACCCUGUGGUGGAGAAGGCAGCCCAAGAGAGCGGGUUGGACAUUGAGGAUGUUCGCAACAACUUGCCCCAGGACCUCAGUGUUUGGAUUGACCCCUUUGAGGUGUCCUACCAGAUUGGGGAAAAGGGACCUGUCAAGGUGCUCUAUGUUGAUGACAGCAAUGAAAGUGGAGCUACUAGCGUGGGUCUGGACCUUGACAAGGAGAUCAAGAACAGUUUCAACCCUGAUGCGCAGGUCUUCAUGCCUAUCACUGAGCCUGUGAAUGGCGCCUCUCCUGCCUCCAGCUCGCCUUCACCCCCCUUCGGCCACUCUGCAGCCGUCAGCCCCACCUUUAUGCCCCGAUCUACCCAGCCUUUGACCUUCACAACUGCCACCUUUGCUGCUACCAAGUUCGGCUCCACUAAGAUGAAGAGCAGCGGCCGCAACAACAACAAUGGCGGCAGCACUGCUGGGAGCAAGGUGGCACGUACCUCCCCCACCAACCUAGGCCUGAAUGUGAACAGCCUCCUAAAGCAGAAAGCCAUCUCCACCUCCAUGCACUCUCUGUAUGGGCUGGGUCUGGGCGCGCAGCAGCACCAGAAGCCCUCCGCCCUGUCCCCUAAUGCCAAGGAGUUUGUGUUUCCCAACCUGCAGAGCCAGGGCAGCCCAAGUGCCCUCUUCCCCGGGGACAGCUCGCUCAGCCUCAGCCCACUGCAGUACAGUAAUGCCUUCGAUAUGUUUGCGGCCUAUGGUGGCCUCAAUGACAAGUCUCUUAUGGAAGGCUUGAAUUUCAGCUUGAACAACAUGCAGUAUUCUAACCAGCAAUUCCAGCCAGUUAUGGCCAACUAGUUAAUAUCAAGGUACUAUUUCUGCUUCUACUACAGGCAGAAAUGAGCAGAUAUAUGAUAGGGCAAAAAACACACUCGUACAUGCACAUUUUAAAAAACCUGGAAAAAAAAAAAAGAAGAAAAGGUCAGAAUGUCAAGGAAAUAAAGUGACUUGUCACCUGUAAGAUCUUUGUUACAAGUCCAAGAGCAUGAGCCUGGGGGUGAAACACUUUGCCCUCUUGAGUUGUACCUUUUAUUUUUUAUUUUCCUCUUAAUGAUUAAGCUUGUAGUACAAGAAGUCCAAGCUUGGUUACCCAAACUUCAACAUGCGUCUUUGUUUUGUUUUUGUUUUUUAUUUUUUUUGCCAACCAAGCACAAAAUGAUUUUUUUACGUGACUUAAGAUAUAUAUAUAUAUAUACACACACACACACACAUAUAUAUACACACACACACAUAUAUAUAUACACACACACACAAAAGAAGAAAAAACAAGUCAUGGCCUCUUUUCAGUAUUUAAAACAUAUAACUGGACACCGCCAAUUUUCAAGAAAGUGGCAUAAAUGAGAUUUCCUGGUCUUUUUUCUAAUUGUAUAAUUUAAUUUAGUACAGAGUUUGUAAAAUAUCAGAGUAUCUAUUGUUUCUACGACAUGGUAUUGCAUUUAUAUCUUUUUACUACUCCAGUGAUCCGUGAUGGCUGCAGCGACUUUAUGUUAUUUCUUUUUUUAUUGAAAUUGUAAAAUGAAACCAUCUUUAAAAAAAACACAGAAAAAACACAAAAACAUUGACUAUUCUAAAGAUUGUCUACAGAAUAUUCCAUAGUGGUGGGAUUUAAGAAUAUUUGCUUUUUUUGAAAAACAUAAGAGUUGUAUUUUCUGUUAAGAGUUUAAAGAUUUUUGCUAUAUUAUGGACAAAAUGUAAUCGUAUAUUAAUUUUGUACCUACAUUGUGCAAUACUUGAUAAAACAAAAACGGUAUAACAAAAGUAUUUGGAGUCAGUGUCUUAAAUGUUAAGAGGGACUGAUAGUUUAUUAAGUUUGUAUUAAAAAGCUUGAAAUAAUGUUCGGUGUUGUGUUUU